UCCUGACAUUAUGAUUGAACAAAAACCAACGGUGAAAUUUUCCCAUAACGCGGGAAAUGGUAAAACCCAGAACCCGCGUCUUGGCUUGUGCUACGAUCCACAACUCGAACUCAACUCUCUCUGCUGGGGAAGAAUGAUGCGUACCUUUGUAUAUUGGCUCUGAGAAGUUCAGAUUUGACUCAUUUUUCAAUCAACUAAUACGAUGAGGUGGUUUAGAGCAAGCUCUGCUGUAGCAAAACUUGCCAUUAAGAGAAGCAUAGUGCAGGGAGGAUCAUAUGUUGGGAGAUCAAGGAUCGGUGCAUCUCAAAGUCGAUAUUUUCAUUCCACACUCUUUAAAUCAAAGGCUCAAGGUGCUCCAGUUCCACGUUCUGUUCCCCUUUCUAGGCUUACUGAUAGCUUCUUAGAUGGAACUAGCAGUGUCUACUUAGAGGAACUUCAAAGAGCUUGGGAGGCUGACCCAACCAGUGUCGAUGAGUCAUGGGAUAAUUUCUUCAGAAACUUCGUGGGUCAGGCUGCCACAUCUCCUGGCAUUUCUGGCCAAACAAUACAAGAGAGUAUGCGUUUAUUGUUGCUUGUGAGAGCAUAUCAGGUUAAUGGUCACAUGAAAGCCAAGUUGGAUCCAUUGGGAUUGGAAGAAAGGAAAAUUCCUGAUGAGUUGGACCUUGCACAUCAUGGUUUCACAGAAGCUGAUCUUGAUCGUGAAUUCUUCUUGGGGGUGUGGAAAAUGGCUGGGUUUUUGUCUGAGAAUCGUCCUGUUCAGACCCUCAGAUACACUUUGACCCGUCUUGAGCAAGCAUAUUGUGGAAGCAUUGGAUAUGAGUACAUGCAUAUUGCCGACCGUGAAAAAUGUAAUUGGUUGAGGGAUAAGAUUGAGACCCCAACACCAACACAAUACAAUCGCCAGCGCAAAGAGGUUAUUCUCGAUCGUCUUAUAUGGAGCACACAAUUUGAGAACUUUUUAGCAACUAAGUGGACCACAGCAAAGAGAUUUGGGCUUGAAGGAGGGGAGACUCUGAUUCCAGGGAUGAAAGAAAUGUUUGACAGGGCUGCAGAUCUCGGAGUUGAGAGCAUAGUUAUAGGAAUGCCUCAUAGAGGGAGAUUAAAUGUCUUGGGUAAUGUUGUCAGAAAACCACUGCGUCAAAUAUUUAGUGAGUUUAGUGGUGGUACAAAGCCUGUAAAUGAGGUUGGGCUCUAUACAGGAACUGGUGAUGUGAAGUACCACUUGGGAACCUCUUAUGACCGGCCAACUAGGGGUGGCAAGAGAAUUCACCUUUCCUUGGUCGCUAAUCCAAGUCAUUUGGAAGCUGUUGAUCCUUUGGUUGUUGGGAAAACUCGGGCAAAGCAAUUCUACUCAAAUGAUGUGGAUAGGAAAAGGAAUAUGGGUAUUUUGAUACAUGGAGAUGGUAGUUUUGCUGGACAAGGUGUUGUGUAUGAGACUUUACAUCUCAGCGCUCUUCCUAACUACACCACUGGUGGGACUAUUCACAUUGUUGUAAACAAUCAGGUAGCUUUUACCACUGACCCAAGGUCAGGAAGAUCCUCACAGUAUUGCACUGAUGUUGCCAAAGCCUUGGAUGCACCCAUCUUCCAUGUGAAUGGAGAUGAUGUGGAAGCAGUUGUUCAUGUAUGUGAGCUAGCUGCAGAAUGGCGCCAGACUUUCCAUUCAGAUGUUGUUGUUGAUUUGGUUUGUUACCGCCGUUUUGGGCACAACGAGAUUGAUGAGCCAUCUUUCACCCAGCCUAAAAUGUAUCAGGUUAUUAGGAAUCAUCCCUCAUCUCUUGAGAUCUACCGAAAGAAACUUUUAGAAUUGGAGCAGGUGACUCAAGAAGACAUUGAGAAGAUACAAUCCAAGGUCAAUACAAUACUUAAUGAAGAAUUUAUGGCCAGCAAAGAUUACCUUCCUAAAAGAAGGGACUGGCUUUCAGCUUAUUGGGCUGGAUUCAAGUCCCCUGAACAGCUCUCACGCAUUCGGAAUACAGGGGUUAAACCAGAAAUCUUGAAGAAUGUAGGAAAAGCUAUUACAUCCCUUCCAGAUAACUUCAAGCCUCACAGGUCAGUCAAAAAGGUGUAUGAACAGCGUGCCCAAAUGAUUGAAACUGGGGAUGGCAUUGACUGGGCCCUUGGAGAAGCACUUGCUUUUGCCACAUUGUUAGUGGAAGGUAACCAUGUCAGAUUAAGUGGACAGGAUGUUGAAAGAGGCACCUUUAGCCACAGACACUCGGUUCUUCAUGAUCAGGAAACAGGAGAGAAGUACUGCCCUCUUGAUCAUGUUCUGUUAAACCAGAAUGAAGAAAUGUUUACUGUCAGCAACAGCUCUCUUUCAGAGUUUGGCGUUCUUGGAUUUGAGUUGGGCUAUUCAAUGGAAAAUCCCAAUGCGUUGGUAAUGUGGGAAGCUCAAUUUGGUGAUUUUGCUAAUGGAGCUCAAGUAAUAUUUGAUCAGUUCAUUAGUAGUGGAGAAGCGAAAUGGUUGCGACAAACAGGACUUGUUGUGUUACUUCCACAUGGCUAUGAUGGGCAGGGACCUGAACAUUCAAGUGCAAGAUUGGAGCGUUUUCUUCAGAUGAGUGAUGACAACCCUUUUGUUAUACCUGAGAUGGAUCCUACUCUUAGGAAGCAAAUUCAGGAGUGCAAUUGGCAAGUUGUGAACGUUACAACUCCUGCAAACUACUUCCAUGUUCUGAGGCGUCAGAUUCACAGGGAAUUCCGUAAACCUCUUAUUGUAAUGUCUCCUAAGAACCUGCUUCGUCAUAAAGACUGUAGGUCUAAUCUAUCUGAGUUUGAUGAUGUAAAAGGCCACCCAGGUUUUGAUAAGCAGGGGACUAGAUUUAAGCGCCUUAUCAAGGACCAAAAUAUGCACUCUGGUCUUGAAGAAGGCACUAGGCGCUUGAUCCUUUGCUCUGGAAAGAUUUAUUAUGAACUUGAUGAAAAGCGGAAAAAUAUCGAUGGAAAGGACAUUGCAAUAUGCCGGGUGGAACAGCUAUGUCCAUUCCCAUAUGAUCUUAUCCAACGAGAGCUGAAGCGAUAUCCAAAUGCCGAGGUUGUUUGGGUCCAAGAGGAGCCAAUGAACAUGGGUGCGUAUAGCUACAUUAAUCCUCGUCUUGGUUCAGCCAUGAAGAAUCUAUCCCGAGGAACAAUUGAAGACAUCAAAUACGUUGGUCGUGCUCCAUCUGCAGCUACAGCAACUGGUUUCUAUCAAGUUCAUGUUAAAGAGCAAACCGAGAUUAUUGAGAAAGCACUGCAGCCUGACCCGAUCCCAUAUCCCCAUUGCAGUCCCUCCACAUUCGUUUAGUAAGCGAUUCAUAACAUAUCUAACGAUAUGUAGUUGUAAACUUUUAUAUUGUCCUAAUAUCUGUAUUUUCAAUGUCUUUUUUCUGCAUAUGUUUCUGUUAACUUGUUACGAGAGGCUGUAUGCAGUCUCAAUGCAGAUGUGUUCUGCUCAAUGAAAUAAAGUUACUGAUCAAUGUUAAAUUU